AUCAGGGCUAUGGAAGAUUGCGCCAUCGCCCUAGCGCCGGAGGAGCUUUGGAUCCGAGAGGUAUGAUGCUACUGCUGGCGCUUCCCAAAACCCUAGCGCUGGUGUUGAUCGGAGGAAAUGCCGCCCGGGCAGUGAGUGCCAGGGUUUGAUCCAAGCUCAAUGGAGUUCAGCGACACCUACAAAUACAGCGGCCCCUGUGCGUUCUCUCCGAAUGCUCGAUUUCUCGCCGUCGCUGUGGAGGCCAGGCUUGUAAUUCGCGACGCUGUGAGCCUCAAGGUCGUGCAGCUCUACUCUUGCCUCGAUAAGAUCAGCCAUGUAGAAUGGGCACCCGACUCGGAGUAUGUUCUUUGUGCGCUGUUCAAGCGCGCGAUGGUGCAAGCUUGGUCGGUGUCACAGCCCGAAUGGACGUGUAAGAUCGACGAGGGUCCUGCCGGGAUCGCUCACGCGAGAUGGAGUCCGGACAGUCGACACAUUCUCACCACCUCCGACUUCCAGCUUCGUCUCACGGUUUGGUCUCUCGUGAGCACCGCGUGUGUUCACGUCCAGUGGCCCAAGCAUGCUGCUCGAGGCGUGUCCUUCACUCAGGACGGGAAGUUUGUAGCGAUUGCUACGCGCCGGGACUGUAAGGACUAUGUUCACUUGCUGGCGAGUAACUCUUGGGAAGGAAUGGGGACUUUUGCCGUGGAUACUGUGGACCUUGCUGAUCUUGAGUGGUCGCCAAACGAUAACACGAUCGCCGUUUGGGACUCAUCGCUCGAGUAUAAGGUCCUUGUGUAUUCCCCAGAUGGCCGUUGUUUGUUUAAGUACCAAGCUUACGAGAAUGCUCUGGGUGUAAGAACAGUCGCAUGGUCGCCGUGCGGCGAGUUUUUGGGUGUAGGUAGCUAUGACCAGAUCGCUCGCGUUUUGAACCAUUUGACAUGGAAGCCCGUUGCUGAGUUCACGCAUACGAGCUCCGUGAAAGGACCAGCAACUGCUGUGGUAUUUAAGGAAAUAGAGGAGCCUUUUGACAUGUCAAGCCUGUAUCUGACUGAUGACAGAGAGAACGAAAUUUUCCAGAAUGAAAAUUCUGGCGACUCUCAUGUACGAGUGCGAUACAAAGUUGCUGAUAUUCCAGUCAGCAUUGCUGCUCAGAAGCCGCCCGCCGACAAGCCAAAUCCAAAGCAAGGCAUCGGUCUGUUGGCUUGGAGUGCUGACAGUCGAUAUUUGCUUAGCCGCAACGAAAACAUGCCAACAGCACUAUGGAUAUGGGACAUCUCCCGGUUGGAGCUCGCAGCGCUUUUGAUCCAGAGAGAACCAAUCCGUGCUGCUGCUUGGGACCCAGUGUCUCCGCGCCUGGCCCUGUGCACUGGAAGCUCGCAGCUCUACAUGUGGACUCCCGCAGGAGCUUGCUGCGUUAACGUUCCACUUUCAGAGUUCCUGGUGACCGAUCUCAAAUGGAACCCGGAUGGCUCGUCACUGGUGCUGCUCAAAGACCGAGAAGCUUUCAGCUGCACGUUCGUACCGAUGCUUUCCGAGUUUGAAGGUGAAGAACAGGUCAGCUAAACUUAUUUCUAGCUAGUUUAGAUGUUAUUGAUAUGUUAACAACAUCAUUGUAAGCUUUGAGUUUCACGGAUCUCGUUCCAGCUUUAAGUUCCAUAGCUUUUUUCUUGGUAUCAACUUUCCGGCCUCGUCCGAGGUCAGCUAAAGUUUUUCAUUCGGCUUGAAUUACUUGGUAUCAAGAGAACAAGUCAGCUCUGUUUAUUUCUAGCUACUUUAGUUGUCAUUGAUAUGGUAACGUGAUUGUCAGCUUUGAGAUUCA